AUGCUACAUCAACUCAAGUUGCCCAAUGGGCCCAACACCAUCACACUCACAUACGAUGGACUUGGUCUUCGUGUCGAAGGUGCUGUCGAUGUUGAACAAAAAGGGAGCCGACGUACACUAUCCGACUUGACUCUACUUCCUAUCGCCAAGGUUAACGUCUUGAACGUUGUACUCGAUUCGUCUCAACGUGUGCUUCGUAUCCAUGCAUUGGUACCUCGCAAACAAGCCGUUCCUGACUCGCCCCUCGACCUUUGCAUUUUCAGUUGUCCUGUUGACCAGUCAAAAGUUUCCGAAGCCCAGCAUUUUAUUCAAUCAGUCAUUGACCACGUCUAUCAAGAUGCCAAGCAUGAGAAACGACUCAAAGUGCUUAUCAAUCCAUUUGGAGGUCAAGGCUUAGCCAGGAAGAUAUUCAGAGAAAAAGUGGCUCCUGUGUUCGAGAGUGCAAGAUGCAAGGUGGAUGUACAAGAAACCGAAUAUCAGGGACAUGCAGUUGAGAUUGCCAAGGAACUCGAUAUCGAUGCAUAUGACGCCAUGGUCACAGUGAGCGGUGAUGGUGUCAUCCAUGAAGUAAUCAACGGAUUUUGUCAACGCCCUGAUGCCCGUAUGGCUUUGAAGAAGGUUCCCAUGGGUGUGAUUCCUGGAGGCACUGGCAACGCUCUUAGUAUUUGUAUGCUUGGUGAAAAGUUAGGCUUCGAUGCUGUACACACAGCUCGUCAAGUGAUCAAAGGUACUCCCAUGGCCAUUGAUCUUUGCUCAGUGACAUACGAUGAUCACCGAUACAUGUCUUUCCUCUCUCACAAUUAUGGUAUCACUUCCUAUGCUGAUUUGGCGACUGAAAAUCUUCGCUGGAUGGGUGAUGCUCGCACAAUCCUUGGUCUCCUGCAACAAAUUUUCACUGGACAAACCUACAGCGUUGAAGCAGCAGUCCAAGUCGUUGAAGCAACCAAAGACAAGAUCAAAAGCAACUUUGCCAAUGAGGAUAAGAUGAACAAUACAAGCGAACAAGGAGAUGGUCCCAUCCAAGAUACGAUCCCACCACUUUCUGAACCUGUGCCAGAUGAUUGGACAACUAUCAAGGGUGACAUUUCGCUUUUCUUGACUAGCAAAACGCCAUGGCUUGCACGUGGUAUGUUGAGUCAUCCUUGUGCUGUUCCAAAUGAUGGUUUGCUGGAUCUCUUGCUUGUUCGUGACAAUCAAAGUAUGUUUGCAAAGCUCGACAUGUUUGGCAAGGUGGAAUCAGGACAUCAUAUUGAUUCGGAUGCGGUUGAAUACUACAAAGUCCGUGCCUUCCGUAUCAAGCCCAUUCCCAAGCCUGGCAAAAAGGCAUACGUAGCAAUCGAUGGUGAACAUGCUCCGGCAAAGGAAUUUCAAGUGGAAGUACAUCCUGGUCUUGCUUAUGCUUUGAGCUUGUAUCCAAGCUAUGAAAAUACACGCUCAUGGCGACCUUCAAAUAUGCAAUCAACCUCAGGUUCAUCGUUCAAGGACAAGCUAAGAGCCUUCAAGAACAAGAUUCACAGCACAGUUGCCUAUAUCCUUUCCAUCAUCCGUCAGUAUUUUGGCGGCAUUGGACGUGUAUUUCAAAGAUCGAGCACACGAUAA